ACAGAGGGCGACACUGUUAAUGGCUGGGUUUCCAAACAACUCAGGUCCCUCUUCAAACUUAGCUCUAGUCUAGUAUCACUACAUCAGAUCCUUUAAGAUACUUAAAAAAGGAACUAUUCUGGACAAGGAGUACAUAAGGCUGAAUGGCAUGAUGGAUUACAAGGACAAAGAAGUGGUGUGGAUUAAGAUUUCAAAGUUCCCAUGGUGGCCAGCACAGGUAGUUACAGAUGACAAUCCAGACAGUACAGACCAAGAGAAGAUGCCUAAUGUCUUGUCAGUCAAAUUUUUUAAUGAAGAGUAUAUAGAAGAAGUUACAAAUCCAUCCAAAAUCAAAAAAUUUGAAUGUGUCGAAAAAGAUAGCUUCAUUUCUAAAGGUCUCUUGAUCACAGACCAAGAAAGGAAGCAUCUUUUUACUGAAGCUGUGAAAAUGGCAUACAAUGCAGUAAAUGGAAAUACAAAAGCGUCUGUCAUAUCACCAUCAAAGGAUAAACCGAGUGAAGGUGAUUGUAAACUGACAAAUGCAAAUUUAUCGAAGAGUCUUUCAGUAGUUCCCAGCGAAAAUUUAAAUCAUGAUAAAAUAGGUACAGAGAAAUCGCCCAUUCGAAAUCAGUCAUGCUAUCAAGCCUUUAAAACAAUAAAACUACAGCAAAGAAUUAACUGGGACAAACCUAAUCCAGAUAGUGAGGAAAACAAAAAUGCAAGAAUUACUAACCAUGAAAAUCUGCAUUGUAGUGAAAAUUCAAAAGGUAUUGUACGUAAAAGUGUUCAUGUAAAUGGUGCUAAAAUAAAGACUAAAGAAACAAAAGUGACAAAAAGUUUCCCAGGUAAAAAACGUAAAUUGACAUUUGACGAAAAUGUAAAUGAACAUUCAAAGCAGCAUAAAAAGGAGACUUCAAAGACUGUACUUAAAUCAGAGUUUCCACCAGUUUUGUCCAGAACUUCUACGCCAAAGCUCAAUAUUAAAAAGAAUUUUACUGGAACUAGUCAAUCAAAAAAUAAUAUCAAAACUUUUACUAAACUGUCCCAGAAGAAAAAUAAUGAAAAUGUGAAACCAAAAAGAGGACGACCAAAAUCUAAGUCACUUCCUAAAUCAGAUGCCAUAACAGAAAGUGAAAAUGCACAGACACCUAAAUGUUUAAAAUGGGAGGAUUCAUUUGAAUUGCCUACACCAAGCCUUAGUCAGAGUGCUACUUGUACUUCAUUCUUAGCAACUUCUAGAUUUGAUCCAAACUUAGAUAAAGAUGAAUGUGACUCAAGUUCAGACUCAGAUACAGAUCUUCCUGAAGGACUGUCACCUAUAACAGGUGCUGAAUAUCCUAUAGCUGAGAAGGACAUUGUCUGGUUGAUAUGGUCUAAAUUUCCAGCAUGGCCUGCUUUCGUCAGACGUGUCUACAGAAAAAAGCGGAGAAUCCAUAAACUGUCUCUUACCUUCAUUGAAGGAUGUACUAAAAUGCCAAAUAGACUGAGAGUAACAUAUAGAUGUAAGACUGUUCUUCCAUUCAUCGAUAAACAGAAACAAAAGUUUAUUGACCAGGGAGAGAGUAUACCUGAUCCUGAGAUGAGAAGGAGGUUUACUGAAGCAUGUGAGAAGGCAGAGAGUUUUCUCCACCAGAGGGCAUUGUCAUCACUGAACAAAGAGGAAUUCUCCUUUUUCAGCAGAGAAAGCGAUGAUGAAGAGGAGGUAGACAGUGAUUCAAAUUUGCAGAUAAACUGUGGACCAAACUCAUCUGAUACUGAAAACAGACUCAGUGACUCAGAAGAUAUACUAUCUAAUAGUCCCUUGCCAAAUUAUCACUCUCUGGAACCUUCAGCAAAAGAAAUAGAGAGAUUAAGAAAAAUGACAGAGAAACAAUCAAAACUGGUGGACUUUGUAAAGUCUGCAGAAAUGAAGAAUUAUCUGUUGGAUAUUUUUUAUGGAAAAAGGAAGAGUGAAUUACAUCAAAAGUUUGUUCGGGGCACAGUAAAGGAAAAAAAUAGUCUACGGUAUGCAGGGUUUGGUCCAAUUUACAAUGAAGAACAGGAAGAAGAAAUUGUAGAAAUAUUAAAAGAUUGGCUUUAUGAAUUACCAAAGAAAGAUAUCCCUGAUAUUUCCUAUGUUCUGGAUGUUUGGAUACCUGAGGCAGUUGUAUAUGCACUUAUCAAAACGAAAUCCUAUGGAAGAAAGAAAGCUUGGGAACAAUUCAAUAAAGGUGUUUACAUGACAAAGAGAGAGAGAGAGAGACAACAUCAAUCAUUGAUGGAGUUUCGUGGUUAUACAGAGGAAGAAAAACAAGAAGCUUUACAAAAGUCACAGCAAAGAAUGGAAACCUUUAAAUACAAAUAUGGUUUAACAUAGAUACAGUGGAAACAAGUUGUCUUUUCUUUGUGAAAUUUUAUCAAAUUAUCAUUGAAUUAUUGUAAACCAACUUAUUUUCACUACUUUCCAGAUUAGAAAAAUAACUCAAAUAUAAAUGGUCUUGAAUAUGUAACACUUGGGUCUUCCCUUAUAUGAUUACAUCAAGAUAUUCAGGAAAUUGUGAAAAUUGUGAAAAUAAAUCACAGAGAAGUCGGCUGGAAAGGGCUAAACACGAAAUAAAGUGCAUGAAAAUAAGUUGGUUUACAGUAUAGCUGACUCAAAUCAAUAAAUCCCAUUAUCACUGAUACAUACAUAUCGUAUAUGAUCAGAGUGGGGAGGGAUACAUUUUUUGUAAGAAUAACAUACAGCACGUCUGCUGUCCACAUUAAUUGGUAUAUAUCUGUAUGAAUUGAUAGAAGAGUCUGCAUAUUAUGAGAAAUCCUAGAAAUCUAAACAAGAAAAUAGCUUUAACUUUAAAACCAGGAAGUAAAAUGUUUGAAAAUUGAUUGUAGACUUUUAGGAUUUAUUUGUGUGGUGUGUUAAAAACUCCAUUUAUUUCUAAUUCUUUUUAUCUCAAGUUCCAGACCAGUAUCAAAUAAAACCCCGUGAGGAAACUCUUUACUACUUUGCAUUUGGAAACUAUGUCAAGGUCAUUGAUAAAGUGUGCUUAGGCACAUAGUUACACUUUUAUUAUCAUAAUGAUGACAAUCACUUCUGACUUAUUUUUGUAAAAGUCAUAGUUUUCUUCAACAAAGAUGUACGAUGUUUCAUGUUACAUAUAGGUCAAUGAAAACAAAUCUGUUUAGAUCAAUAACACUUGUUGUUUUAUUUUUUUCAUCAGUACAAGAAAUUUUACAACCAAAACAACAAUUUUUGUUUAUAAAUUGAAGUACAGUUGAUCUCCAUGUCCUGAUCUCUGGUGAUUGGAAAUUCCACAUGAGUCGAAAUAUUUUUUCUGUGCAAAGUUGCAACACAGUAAUUUAUAUUAAUUUUUAUUAAAUUGCUCAAUUUUAGUUGAAUUUUAUUGAGUCUGACUGAACUUAAUCUGCAGUUUGUAAAUUAUAUUUGUUAUAUUCAAAUUUUUAACACCUAUCAAAAAUCACCACUAGCAUAAAAAAAAUUAACAAUACACCUAUAACCUACAUCAUGUGCAUAAUGAUACACUUCGGGUAGUAUAAAGAAUGGAGUGUUCAAUUAAGCCUGGUACACUGUACCUUUUUGAUCCUCAGACCGAUAAAAAUAAAUAAAUUUAGACCAAGAAGUUUUAUUCAAUAAGCAGACACAGCAACAAAAUAAAUAUUAACUCAAAAAUGGUUAUUAAAUACAAAUUACAACAAAUGGGUUCAUCAAAUCGAACUUUCACGCUUCAAAAAUAUAAAAAGUUGCAGAAUUAGAAAAAUGCAGUACUUAAACAACUACAGGAAACAAAAACACCUUCUGGAAUGUUAAACUUCAUUUGGAUCAAUGUCCACUCAUACAAUGUAUAAGAUCUACAGGAUAUGCAAUACUGAUUUAUGUCGUGCUAAUUCAAGUCCCUUUCAUUAAAAUCACCUCAUCCCUCUUCAGGUUGAACUUUGGUUAAUUCAAAAUUGUAUUACAGUCCCUUGAGAUCAGAGAUCGACUGUAGUUAAAACAUAAUACUUAAACAUCAGGAGUUGGUUUCACAAAAAAAACUUACGACUUACAUUGAUCGUAAGUAUACUGAAUUGUUCAUGACUUAUGAUCAAUCUUAGUCAUAAGUAUUUUUGUGAAACUGACUCCAGACAUGUAUAUUCUUUGAGACGUUCAAUAAUGUACAUGUAUAUACCUAAGUUCUUGUCUUCCUUCAGGGACUUUCUUUAUUUCUAAUCUUGAAAUCCAUGAUUUUAUAAACAGUCUUAGACUUUCGAUAAUGUACAUAUAUAUACAUAGGAGAUUGUCUUUUUCUGGGAUUUCCUUUACUUUUGACUCUGAAAUCCAUGACUUUUUAUGUCCCUGCCAUAGAGGAGGGGGCUUUAAGUUUUACCCUUGUCUGUCCGUACGUCCCAAAGUUAGUUUCCGUUCUCUUACUUAAGUUAGUCUCAACCAAAUGUUAUGAAACUUAUACACAAUGCUUAUUACUACAAAAUACAGAUCAAGUUUGAAUUUUGGUGAUGUCACUUUUACUGUUCUAGAGUUAUGCCCCUUUACAAAGGGAAAAAUUGCUGAACUUUUUGUUUCCGUUCCUAACUUAAGUUUGCCUCAACCAAAUGUUAUGAAACUUAUACACAAUACUUAUUACCACAAAACUCAGAUCAAGGACAAAUUUGGGUAGAGUCUACUUUUACUAUUUUUCAGUUAUGUCCCUUUAUAACUUUAUAUGAUAUGCAAGCGGGGGCAUUUGGACACAUUCCCCAUUUAUUAUUUAUAAACAUAGUCUGCUUAAUUGCAUAGUUUUUUUUCUAGAAAGUAGGCUAUGUAAAUUACCGUCAUCAACUGUAUUGACUAGAAAUUGAAUUAAGUCGACAUCGUUACAACUACAAAAAAAAAAGAGGCAAUUUUAAUGAUAUCAUAUUUAAGACAGGAUUAUUAUUAUUUUAACACAGCAUUUCAGAUAUAUUGGUUUGAAAAUUAUAUUUUAAAGCAGCCCUGUAAAUUUAGCUUUAAAGGUGUCAUUAUGAAAGUACCAGUAAGUGUUGUCUUUUAUUUUCUUCUAAACUGGGUUAUAAAGUCCCACAAUUGUCUGUGAUUUCUGAUUUUCAGUGAACAGCUUCUUUCUUUGAUUAUUGUUCAUUUGGGGAAAAAAUUCCUACAACCUAAAACCUAAAAACAUUGUUAAUAUAUUUAGCUAAUAAUUGUGUUCAUUUGUCUUUGAACUAGUCACUGAAUCUGCUUCAAUUUUGUGAGAAAAUAUUUUUGCUAUUUCGAUUUGAUAAAAUAGGUUCAAAAGGUAUUUUAUACCUAUCAAACAUAAAUCUUAUACAGAUUACCAUUGGUUGUCUUACCUCCGUAUGUCCCCAACUUGGUUUCCGUUUUCUAACUUAAGGUUGCCUUAACCAAAUGUUCUGAAACUUGUACACAAUGCUAAUUACCACCAAACACAGAUCUAGGUCAAAUUUGUGAUUCUUCACUUUCACCUUUCAUCCUUUAUAAAUAAAAAGUUAGCCAAUUUGUCGUUUCCACACUCUAACAAGCAAACGUUAUGAAGCUUAUACACAAUGCUUAAUACCACAAAACACAGAUCAAUUUCGAAUAUGGGUGCACCACUUUCACUGUUCUUGUGUUAUGCCCCUUUAUUAAGUUUCAAAGAAAACAAAACAACAAUAGGUUUGAAUUAGUACAUUUACUCUUUCAUAUUUACAAACGGGAGCAUCUGUGUCUGAUGGACACAUUCUUUUUUUUAUUUUGUCCUCAAUCCUUGUCCAUUUUGUUAAAAAAAUAAAUUUUGAAAUAAACAGAUUUACUGUGGAUUCAUUUAUUUUCGUGGGUAUCAAUUUUCAUGGAUUGCUGAAAACUUGCAUAUUCGUGGAUAUUUGAUUUCGUGGUUUUGCCAAUCUCUAUAUACAAAGCCUAUUGAAAAUAUGUUAUUCGUUGAACAUUAAAAUUUGUGGUUCACCUGUACCCACGAAACCCACGGAAAUUGGUAUCCAACGAAUAAUAAUGAAUCCACAGUAGUUGAUUGUCAUUGAAGAUGUAGUGAAGUAUACUCUACAUAUAUUAUGUGUUCAGAUAUCAUUGUUGUACAUUAUACAUAUUAUUUUCUGCAGAAUUUUCAUAAUUAAAGUUAUAAAUUUAUAUUUUAGUUUAGUAGAUACCACUACAUACUGAAAAUAAAUGUUGUUCUUAAACAACUGAACAUUUUUUGGUUCAUUAACAUUGGAAUGGCAAUGUGCUGUCAUUGUCAUUUGUCCAAAAAUAUAUAAGAAAUUAAAAGAUGAAAAGUUUAAUGUGGCGGUGUUCAGUAUGGAUUUACGAAUUUAUUUUUUUUUUUAAUUAGAAGUUGUUUCGUUUGUUAUAACAGCAUUUUUUUUAUUUUUUUCCCCCAUUUACCCAAAGAAGGACUUGUGUCUAUUAAUUUCUGGGUCUGUUUGAUUACUAAAACAGUGUACUAAAUGUCAACGUCAGUUUAUUAAUGUACUGAGUUGCGUGUCUGUCAUGUUUUAUAUAUGUUUGUUUAUGUCCUCUUGUACACUCUAAUGUCUGAGGUGAAUAAAAUAUUUUCUUUUCUUGAAGAAUACCUUGCGGUCAGAAAAAUGCAAUCAUAGGUUGUUGACCACCUUUAAUCAACAUAGAAUGACUUGUUGAAACAUUUGUUUUUGGUUUUAUAAAUCAUGUUUGAUAAAUAACUGUUAGUACAGAUAAUACAGAUAAUUUCUUUUAUUGACAUACAAUUAAUAUAAAUAUGUUGUUUACUUUUUUUAUUUUACAAUUUAUUAAUUGUUUUAUUUGAUUUGUGAAUAUAUAAGCAUAUGUUGAUAUAGGCAUCUUGUAAUAUAGAAUUGAGAACAUAAUAUGGAUUUUUAAAAUAUUUUUUAGAAAUUAAUUUUGGUUUAUUGUUGUUUAAUACACACUUGUUUAUUAAAUGUAACUAGUAGUAAUUUUUUGUCCUGUUUAUAUAAUAAACAGUAUGUGAAAUUAUA